GAAGAAUCGAGAAGCUUGUUGGGAAAGUUGCACUUUCCUGGUUUUUUGGUAAUUCGAAGAGUGGGUGGCGAUUUGUGAGUGUAGUAGCCUUGUGCUCACUAGUGUCUUUCUCAAGGUCGAUUGGAGUCGAGUAAAGUUGAAUUAUAGUAGAUUUUAUAAUCUUGAUGUACAAUUGUUAAAACUUGACAUAGUGGGGUUUAGUGAAUGUGUGGGAAGAGCUCGAUGGAGGCACUAAAUUAGAAAUUAGUGCGAGAGGGUCUUGGAGAAGACUAUUGAAUCAGUCUCUGUACCGCGGAAGAUGGUGUAGUGGUUGUGGGCAUUGUUUUUAUGGGUGAGAAGUUGAAUGCAGUGUGCGCGUGUUGUAGAAAUGUUGAUUUAUCGUGCCUGGGUAAGACAUUAAGCUGACAGGGGAAAUCAAGAAAGGGAUAAUGGUUGGUUUUUUUGAGGAAUUGACAUUGGAAUUGAGGAAGAUGAUAAUUCGAGCUUUUUGCUGAUGCUUUCUUUUGGUUUGACGUUUAUGUGCAACUGAGUGUAAUUUUACGCUCAUUCGUAUUUUAGCAAAUUAAUAACUAGCGUAUUGGCAGAGUUAUUUGUUUCCUCUCUCUCUCUCUCUCUCUCUCUCUCUCUUUUCUUAUUUCUGAAGCAGGUGAUACUUCUUAUCACCAUCUGAAACUUCAGUCUUAAUGUUGUUAGUUUUCAAUCGAAUACACGUGGUCCAGGCAGUAAAGAUUAUGUAUAUCCAUUCUAUGCUCAUAUUUGUGUCAUUGGGCAUUUUUUAGAAUGUGACAUAGCCGUGUUUCUGUAGCCCGAGCUGCAGUGUAUUUGUUAAAUAGAAAUGUCUAAUUCUCGAAAAUUGAAAUUCCGACCUGUCCCGCGAGCUCCUCGGUAUGCGAACUGCAAGCAGGCAGAACCUGUGCCCCUGGCUAACAAAUUUCAAGAGCUUAUCGAGCAGGAUGAGUUCCCUCCACAGCAUACCAAAGCACCUGUUCAGCGUCCAGUUAACAGUGUUCCAACUACAAGUAUGGCACAGCGUCUCCAGGACCUUCUCGGAGAACCGCCAACUGCAACUAGAAGAUCAUCCUUCGAUGUGGAUGGUGACUCCGCAGGUGUUCUUAAUAGCAGAGGGGCUGAAUUUCUGCGGAAUGACGAGUUAGAGACUAUAGACAUUGAUGCAAGUGAUCAUGAGGAUUGGACGAGAAGUUCUGCCAAGGUUGGGUUGCCCAUGGCGCAAAGAUUGGACGAGCUUCUGCAAGGAAACAAUUCACGUUCAAAACACAAUAAUCCGAAGCAGAGGCAGAAAGGCAAAAGAUCAUUUCAAUCAAAUUUCGAGAUAAAACGUGUAUUUAAAGAGGAUGAUAUCGAAGUAUGUGACAAUGCUCAGAUGGACACUCCAAUUCAUCCUCCAGUGAUCACUAGACCGCAAACAUUGCCAAGUAUCGCUGAGCAGUUUCAGGAAGCACUUAUGGCAGCUCCCGCUCUCGAUUGUGCUUCUGCCCCUUCAGUGCAGUUUCCAAUUACCCAAGACUACUCUACCCGUUUACAGAAGCUUCUCCAAUUGGAAAAGCAACAACAUGCUGAGAUUUCCAAGGGAUUACCUUUUAGUACACCCUUUGAAUCUGUACAGGUGCAUAUUAUGAAGAAAUCGCUUGAAGGCCGGCUAGUAACUUGCAAGUGUCAAGUUAUACAAGCACCUUCAAAAUGGAUAGGAACUUCCGGUGUGGACGAGGUGCAAGUGAUCUUCAAUUCUAAAAUUGCCGGAGAACUCGAAAUAGAUGUGGGCUGCAUGGUGCGAAUUAACCCUCCAUGGCGGGAGUUGACACUUUUGGGAAGCUCAUCAAGGGUUAUUCUCUGCACAUAUUUUUGUGAAGCUGUAUACUAGUGACAUGGAGCUUUUCAUGGAUGCUGCGUUGCAUGCAUGCUUCCGGCUGUAAUCAUGCAUGCCGGUUGCAAUCAUGCAUAUACUAUACUGAUAACGUCAAUGACCAACGCGUCUAUUUUCUUUUUGGUCA